GGCGGUUGUGAGUGGCGGGGAGAAGGCACUUCCUGGCUGGUUGCCGGCCUCGGAGCAGGUGCCAGGAUGUUGGGCUGGGUCCAGAGGGUGCUGCCUCAGCCCCCAGGGGCCCCUCAGAAGACCAGGAUGGAGGAGGAGGAGGAGGAGGAGGAGGAGGGGGCACAAUCAGAGCCAGAGCCAGAGCCCGGCCUGGAGGCGGAGCUGGAACCAGCGCCAGAGCCUGACCCAGCCCCCCAGGAGGCCACGCUGGUAAGAAGGGAGGUCCUCCAGGCCUGGGUGGCUGUGGACCCCGGAGUGAACAGUCCCGGUGCCUGGCUGCUGACCUGGCUGAGGAAGGGUGCGGCCAAGGUCAUCCCACAGCCCGUCCACGGCCCUGCAGCCUGCUCCGAGGGCCCCGCUCAGGCGGGGGCUCAGAUCCUCGGGCACGGCAGCCCAGGGGCCUCAGAUGGAUCCAAUGAGGCCUCCAGGGCAAAGGACACUGGGCCAGCGCCCUGGCUGCUCAGGUGGUUGGAGCAGAACCUGGAGAAAGUGCUGCCUCAGCCUCCGAAAGCCUCCGAGGGCUGCAGAGACGAGCCUGCAGACGCUGCCUUGGGCCCAGAGAUGUCAGAAUGCCCCUUGGAAACGGAGUCCAUGCUGCAGCCCCCAGAGAGUCCCCCACUGCCUGCUCCUGGCCCCCCAGAACCCCAGGAGGAGCCUGAGGAGGAGCCUGAGGAGGAGUCCGCUCCAGAGCCCCAGCCCGGCUCCCAGGCUUCCUCCCUGCCACCCCCCGGGGACACUGCCAGGCUGAUGGCGUGGCUCCUGCACAGGCUGCAGAUGGCCCUGCCGCAGCCGGUGCCCCGUGGGAAGGCUGCGGAGCAGGAGCCUGACUCCUCCGGGACGUGUGACGUGCAGACCACAUUGUUGCUGCUUCUGCACAGACGCCAAGGAGAGACAGAGACCAGCUCUGAUGGAAGCUCUGUCUCCAGAAAUCGAAUGGCAGGAGACAGGGCUCCCUGGGUGGCCCCUGGGACUGAGCCCCACGCCCACUGUCCCCCACGCUCUGUGUCCCCUGCAGUCCGCAUCCUCCCGGGAGGGCCGGAGGAGCCCGAGGAUCUCAUUCUGGAAGAGGUCGACCCUCACUGGGAGGAGGACCUGCCGGGGGACGGCAGUGCCAGCCCGCGGGGCGCCGAGGCCCUGGCGUCCGCUGACGAGGAGGAGGAGGAGGAGGAGGAGGAGGAGGCCGGGGCAGAGACGGCCAGGAGGAAGCCGCAGCCGCCAGCUCAGGAGUCCCCAGGGUCCCGCCUCUGCCUGAGAGCCCCCUGCCCCAGCACCAUGGCUACCCUCGGCCGGGACAGGGAGCCGAAAGGCCAGGUCCAGGACCAGCCGCCUGGCCAGGUGGUCCCCAGACUGGCCCCCCUAAACCCGGCAGAGCACCUCCCCAAUGUGCCCAGCUACUGUCCCCCCAUCACCCGCAUCCCUGUCCUCGUCUCCCGGAGGACGGCCUUGUCCAGCUCCAGCUUCGCCAAGGAGACCAGGAGCUCUGUCCGUCGCCUAGUGCCUGCCACCAAAGAGCACCCGGAAGUGCAGGUGGAAGACACCGAUGCUGACAGCCGCCCCCCCAUCGCGGAGGACAAGCCGCCCUCACCGGAGCCGCUGCCGCCUUCUCCUGCCAAGUCCGACACCCUCACAGUCCCGGGGUCUGCCGCGGGAACCCGCAGGAAGAGGUUGCCCUCCCAGGAUGAUGAAGCGGAAGAGAUCCAGGAGCUGCCGCCGGCCGAGACCCCCGCGGUCGCCUGGUCCGACCCCCCCACCCCGCAGGGCACCGACGACCAGGACCGGGCGUCCUCCACCGCCAGCCAGAACAGUGCCGUCAUCAACGAGCGGCUGCAGGAGCUGGUGAAGCUCUUCAAGGAGCGGACGGAGAAGGUGAAGGAGAAGCUCAUUGACCCCGACGUCACCUCCGACGAGGAGAGCCCCCCGCCCUCUCCGGCCAAGCAGGCCCCGCAGCCGGCCACGGGCUCCGCGCCCGCCGGGGAGGCGCCAGCGCAGGAGGAGCACUACUGCGACAUGCUCUGCUGCAAGUUCAAACGCCGGCCCUGGCGGAAGUGCGAGUUCCCCCGGAGCAUUGACCCGCUGACCAACCUGAUGUACAUCCUGUGGCUGUUCUUCGUGGUGCUGGCCUGGAACUGGAACUGCUGGCUGAUCCCGGUGCGCUGGGCCUUCCCCUACCAGACGCCGGGCAACCUCCACUUGUGGCUGCUGAUGGAUUACCUGUGCGACCUCGUCUACUUCCUGGACAUGGCCGUGUUCCAGACCCGCCUGCAGUUCGUCCGGGGAGGGGACAUCAUCACAGACAAAAAGGAGAUGCGCAAUAACUACCUGAAGUCUCCUCGCUUUAAGAUGGACCUGCUCUGCCUGCUGCCCUUGGACUUGUUCUACCUGAAGCUCGGCAUGAACUCCCUCCUGCGGCUGCCCCGCUGUCUGAAGUACAUGGCCUUCUUCGAGUUCAACAGCCGCCUGGAGUCCAUCCUCAGCAGAGCCUACGUGUACAGGGUUAUCAGGACCACGGCCUACCUGCUCUACAGCUUGCACUUGAACUCGUGCCUGUAUUACUGGGCGUCGGCCUAUCAGGGCAUCGGCUCCACCCACUGGGUGUACGAUGGCGUGGGAAACAGCUACAUUCGCUGCUACUACUGGGCGGUGAAGACCCUCAUCACCAUCGGCGGGCUGCCCGACCCCAAGACGCUGUUUGAGAUCGUCUUCCAGCUGCUGAACUACUUCACGGGCGUCUUCGCCUUCUCUGUGAUGAUCGGACAGAUGAGAGACGUGGUGGGGGCGGCCACGGCGGGGCAGACCUACUACCGCAGCUGCAUGGACAGCACCGUGAAGUACAUGAACUUCUACAAGAUCCCCCGGUCUGUGCAGAACCGCGUCAAGACCUGGUACGAGUACACCUGGCACUCCCAAGGCAUGCUGGAUGAGUCGGAGCUGAUGGUGCAGCUUCCAGACAAGAUGCGGCUGGACCUGGCCAUCGACGUGAACUACGACAUCGUCAGCAAGGUGGCGCUCUUCCAGGGCUGUGACCGGCAGAUGAUCUUCGACAUGCUCAAGCGGCUGCGCUCUGUCGUGUACCUGCCCAACGACUACGUGUGCAAGAAGGGGGAGAUCGGGCGCGAGAUGUACAUCAUCCAGGCCGGGCAGGUGCAGGUCCUGGGCGGCCCCGACGGGAAGUCCGUGCUGGUGACGCUGAGAGCUGGCUCCGUGUUCGGAGAAAUAAGCCUGCUGGCCGUCGGAGGCGGGAAUCGGCGCACGGCCAACGUGGUGGCCCACGGCUUCACCAACCUCUUCAUCCUGGACAAGAAGGACCUGAAUGAGAUCCUGGUGCAUUACCCCGAGUCCCAGAAGCUACUCCGGAAGAAGGCCAGGCGCAUGCUGAAGAGCAACAGCAAGCCCAAGGAGAAGAGCGUGCUCAUCCUCCCCCCUCGGGCCGGCACCCCCAAGCUCUUCAACGCCGCCCUGGCCGCAGCGGGGAAGAUGGGCGCCAGGGGGGCGCGAGGCGGGCAGCUGGCCCACCUCCGGGCGCGGCUCAAAGAGCUGGCCGCGCAGGAGGCGGCGGCCAAACAGCAGCAGCUGCUGGAACAGGCCAAGAGCUCGGAAGACACUGCAGAAGAGGUGGGCUCUGCCGCUCCAGGCCAGCCUGUACCCCAGGAAUCCCCGGCCCCAGACUCUCAGCCACCCGCCUCGCCAGGGGGCGCCGAGGAGGGGGCGGCUGGUCCUGAGGAGGAGCCCUCGGUGCAGGUCCGUGUGAGCUCCGGCCUGGACCCUGGCGAACAGAUCCUGUCGGAGGAGAUCCCGGAGAAGAAAGAGGCGGAGUGAGGGGCCCACCCCGCCCCACCCAGCAGCCCAGCAGCCCAGCAGCCCAGCAGCCCAGCAGCAAAGACGCUGGUCCACAGUGGUGGCCUGGGUGGCCGGCCCUCAGCUCCCUGCUGGUCCACACUCCUCUCCCACACCAGCUUCUCCUGGCUGGUCUUGGCGGCACCAGAUUUCCCAGUGUCCCUCAGUUCCCACCUCCCUUGACCAAUGUUUUCAAGAACAAAUAUAUAUUUUUUCCAAUUUUCCAAUUUGCAAGUUCACAGGCAGAGUCUAGAAUGGGCUUGAACACCAGGGGGCGCUUUGCUGGAGGUCGAGGGCUUUGACUGUUGGGGGUUUCCCUUCAGGAAUGGGGCUUCCGCGUUUCAAGGACAGGAAAGGUCCAGCAGAAAGGCAGGCAGUUGUACUGUCCUUUAUUUUAUUUUAUGAAUUUUACAAAAUAUAUUAUUGAUUUUUGGAGAGGAAGGGAGAGAAAGAAACAUCAAGGAUG